CGAAACUCCCGCCAGAGAACAAUUCCUGGCGCCUUCUCUCCAUCUCAAUCUAACUUUAUAGAGCCAAAAAUAAUAUGGGCAAAAUAUGAUUCCGCCGAUAUACUGAUUCCAUCCAAAGAUGGUGCCCAAAUCAAAUGACGGGGACGAUUUGGAUCUCCUCCUCUCUCUUCAAGAUAGAGUUCCCGAAACCCCUCCUGGUUCUCCUUUCCCAGGAUAUCUGUCGGACGAGGAUGAUGUAUUGCCGAGAUCAAGGAAGCAGGGACGGAGUGGGGGUGACAUGUCUGUUUUCCGGGAUGCUGUUAAAGAUUGUUUUGAUUAUGAUGUUGAAGCUUCAAAUUCAGCGAUCAAAUCCACGACUAAGUCUAAAAAGGGCUCAAGUGAUGAUACCACUGUUGUCGAGAAAUUUUCCGGUUUGAGGAUUCUGAAUCAAGUGGUCUCGCCUACUGAAUUGAGCAAUCGCAUUUCAGACAUUCGAUUUGUUCGUUUACCAGCCAUUAAGAAUUUGCUCCAAGGCGACACCUUUUCCGGGUGUUGGGUGACUAUUGGAGUGUUGACCGAGAAAGGGGAUCAAAGGACUAGUUCUACAGGAAAGCCUUACACGAUAUGGAAAAUGGGCUGUUUGGAUGGAAAGACUACAUCUGUCUUCUUGUUUGGUGAUGCCUAUAAGCGAAACUGCAAUGAGAAGGAUGGAACCAUCUUUGCCCUUUUUAGUUGUGGUGUUCGCAAGGAUAACUCGGUACUAUUUGUUAUGCGUGUGGUCCAUUGGGAUUUCCAUGAAGAACUCAUUUUGAUUGUCAUUUCCAUUCUGCUUUUGUUUCAGGAAAAUGGAUUCUCUUUGAGUGUUUAUUCUGCUGGUAACAUCUUAAAGAUUGGGACUUCCGCAGAUUAUGGAGUGUGCAAGGGGAAAAGGAAAGAUGGGAUUGCCUGCACAAUAGUAAUUAAUAAGCGUCGAGGGAUAUAUUGCAGUUACCAUAAACAGAAAACAUCCGAGAAAUAUUCUGCUGUCAAAAGGACAGAGCUCUUUGGAGGGAAUUUACAAACAGCCUUCAUGGACCCUCUGAAGUCAGAAAAAAUAUACAUGGUCGACCCAUCAAUUUCUGAACAAAGAAAUUCAGCAAAUUCUUCAGCGCCACUGAAGUUGUUAUCUGUUGAUGCACUGAAAAAAGCCUUAAGCCAGGCAGGCAAAGUGACCACUAAUGUUUACUCCCAAGGAAUCCGGUUUCUCACUGAAGUUGCAGGGAAACCAGAUCCAAAACAACAAUCAAAUAAUAUGAAAAAAAGGGUAUCAACAUCAACAAGAAAGGAAUUUGAGCGAGAGAAAUCGUGCAAAGAACCAGAUGCGAAGAGGAUAAAAGUGAAGGGGCAGGCUGCUGCAGGAGAGAAGGUUAACACUGUUGGUGAAAAGAUGAUUGAACUGGAAUUUAUUAGCUCAGAUGAGGAAUUAUGAGUCCUCCCAAGCAAUUGAAAUGCAUGAACUUUCUUUCAAUCAAUCUGCGAAUAACCCUGUCAGAAAUAUGUUCAUAAACCUUGGUUCAAUCAAGUCAAGGUGGUUAACAGAAAGCUUUUGUGACAUAAGUUCAUUAGUUCACACCACCCAUUGUAUUUGUAACAUAAUUAAUUAGAAUGCUCUAGAUCUAGUCAUUCAGUUGAAUUGUUCUAGGUUAGUUAUGCUUCAUUUCUCUUUUUGGAUUUUUCUUGUUGAGGAAUUUUACAAAAAAUCUGUAUAGAUUUCUGCUGUGUUUUCUCACAUUCUCAGUUAGUAGUUCCACCUAAAACAUACUGCACUAUGGUGU